AUGAGCCAGGCGACGCAAGCCCAACCAGACUUCGGCCAAUUAGACCACCAGCAGCCGCAGCAUCACCAUCAACAGCAGCCGCCGCAGCAGCAACAGCAACAACCGCAACAACAACAGCAGCCGCAACAUCCGCAGCAGCAACAGAACCAAAAUCCAGAGUCGCGUACCCACCAUCACUUGCAGCAACAGCAUCAUCAUCAACAUCAUCCAGGAAAUCAUCUCCACUCUGGCGAUUCGGGGGGAUCCGAGUCGGACCGAUCCACGAGGAUUCACGACGAGGAGGAAGAGGAUAUUACCGAACGUGAGGACGAGGAAGAGGACGAGGAUCCCUGUAGUUCGCCGGAGCCCGACCUUGAAAACGAGACCGAACCCAUGGAGAUCCAGGCUUCGGCUGUUACCGCAGCCGCGAAUCUACACGCGCUGCGCCAGCAUGUAUUCAAAAUGUCGGACUACUGGCAGCAACCUCAGCGUGGUCCGCCUCAACAUUCGCCCGGAAUACAGCACAGUCCUAUCUCAAAUUCGACGCAGCAACAUCAGCAGCAGGUCCAGCAAAUGCACAGUCCGCUCGGUCAGCAGCAGCAGCAGCAGCAGCAACAACAGCAGCAGCAGCAGCAGACCGCGGUGUCGCAGGUGCAACAGAGUGCGAACGCGACUCUCGGUCAAACCGCGAGCCCACAACAGCAGAUGCAGCAGCAGCAGCAACAACAGCACGCGCUGUCGAUGAACCAGACCAAUCAGGGCCCGCAGCAUCAAGCGCCAUAG